AUGGCGUCCCGCAGGGCGCUACGACGUCUGCUAGCGUGCGCUCUCCAUUCCAAUGUCCCCGCGCCGCCACCUCCACCGACCCUCGCCGCGCUGCCCGUCGUCCCUCAACACGCCUCCCUCACGCCGCUGGCGCGCGAUCUCACCGCUCCUGCGUUCGUCGCUCCACCGUGCUCUCCCACCCGCCCCAUGGGCGCUAUCGGCGCGCGCGCUGCAGGGCUUCCCCGCACGGAGAGCGGGGCUCGGCGCCGUGCGCCACAUGGCGUGACGCUCGGGGUUGUCCGCGCCGCCCCCGCCAGAGGUGCGCGUGGCUGGGGCGGGAAGAAUCGUAGGCGGGUGGGAGGAGGGGGAGAGGAAGGAGGGGGGAAUGCGCAUGGCGUAGUGGUGGUGGUGGUGGUGGUGGUGGUGGUGGUGGUGGAGUAUGACGACGAUGCCACGGAUGCACGUGACUCGUGUGCGUGUGCGUGCGCCGAGGAGCGCUUCCCCGCCAUCAUGGUCACCGGCAAUCCCGAGGGCUCCCAGGCCAGGCGUGGGUCGUUCGAGGUCUCCUUUGGCCACUCCCUGCUCUUCUCCCGCCUGCAGCUGGAGCGCCUACCGUCCCCAGAGGAGCUAGAGGGCCCCCUGGAGCCGCUGCUGGCUGAUGCGCAACCUGAGUAG